AUGCUGCUAUUGUCGUUGGGAGCGGCGGUUCACUGCCGGCCCUCGACUUUGGCACAGUUGCGUUGCGAUAACGCCCACUGCCCUCAAGUGGAUCCCAAUCCCAAGAUGUUGAACGUUCAUCUCAUACCUCACACUCACGAUGACGUCGGUUGGCUUAAGACUGUGGACCAGUAUUUCUACGGCUCUAAGACUAAUAUCCAGAAAGCGGGCGUACAGUAUAUCAUCGACUCGAUAGUUGACGCUCUGCUUAAGAACGAGACCCGAAAGUUCAUCUAUGUUGAGACGGCAUUCUUCUGGAAGUGGUGGAAAUUACAGACACCUGAACAUCAGGAGAGGGUCAAGAAGUUGGUUAACGAUGGUCAAUUGGAGUUCAUAAACGGCGGGUGGUGUAUGAAUGAUGAGGCGGCCGCUCAUUACCAGUCCAUUGUAGACCAGAUGACUUGGGGUCACCGACGCCUUCAGGACACGUUCGGUAACAGGUCAAUUGGAGUUCAUAAACGGCGGGUGCUGGGGAAGCCUCACAGCCGAGAACAGGCCUCACUCUUCGCUCAGAUGGGCUUCGAUGGGAUGUUUAUGCAAAGGAUUGAUUACGACGACCAAAAUCUACGAAAGAAAGAGAAGAGAAUGGAGUUGUUAUGGCAGGGAAGCGAUGACUUGGGAAAGGCUUCAGAUCUGUUCACACAUAUCAUGGAAAUGGGUUACGGUCCUCCUCGGGGUCUAAACUGGGAAAUAGCGGGCAAUGGUUUCAAUCAGGGCGGAGACGAUCCAUUCAUCGACGAUCCCGAGUCUGAAGACUAUAAUGUGGACACAAUUAUAGAUAAAUUCUUGGCCUACGCUAAAGAGUAUUCCCAAUACUACCCGACGAAUAACGUAUUGUUCCCAAUGGGUACAGACUUUUACUUCCAGAGCGCUAAUCCGUGGUUCAAAAAUAUGGACAAAUUGAUCAAAUAUGCAAACUUAAGGAAGAGCAACGGAUCCAACGUUAAUGUCUUCUACUCGACGCCAUCGUGUUAUAUGCAUGGCAUACAUUUCGCAAACCAUACUUUUACCACCAAAUCUGAUGACUUCUUCCCCUACGCUAACCGUCCGCACGCCUAUUGGACGGGUUAUUUCACGAGUCGACCGGCGCUCAAACGCUACGAAAAAGUGGGCAAUAAUUUCCUCCAAACGUGCAAACAGUUGGAUGUCUUAAGUCUCGGCAAGAAUGACGAUAAAGUGACGCCAUUGAGGGAAUGGAUGGGUGUUAUGCAACAUCACGACGCCGUCACCGGCACUGAGAAACAACACGUUUCCGAUAAUUAUGCCCUAAAAUUGUAUAAGACUAUAGAGAAGUGCCAAUCAGUUGUCAAUUCAUCGCUGAAUACACUAAUUGGAAAAUCAGACGUAAAACUAAAUCAAUUGUUUUGCAAUCAACUGAAUGUCAGCGCCUGUGCUGUCACUGAAGGAACUGAUAACCUGGCGGUCACUAUAUAUAACCCGUUCGGACAUAAUGUCACUCAUUUGGUGAGACUUCCCGUCACAUCCAAGGCAUACAAAGUGUUGAACCCGAAGGGAAAUGCUAUCAAAUCAGAUAUCGUAGCCAUUCCUGAGUCGGUAUUAAAUCUUAAGGAAAGAAGGAGUAAAGCAAAGGAUGAACUGGUGUUUGAAGCAGAGGUGCCGGCACUCGGAUUUGCAACAUAUCUAUUAAAAGCAAACAGCGCUGAAAAUAUAGAAAAUGAGGUGAAAGUAACCAAAAUAUCGGACGCUUUUACUAUAAAAUCCAAGUCAUUAAACAUACGUUUCGACAAAACGGGAGCUUUGAAUGCAAUUGAGUUGAAGAACGGAAAAGUUGUUGACUUUAAACAGAACUACGAGUACUAUAGGGCUCACGACAAGAACGGGGGCGACGAUCAGGCUUCGGGUGCUUAUGUUUUUCGCUCCAUUGGCGACACGCCUGAGCUCUACAAAGUGGGCCUUCAGUCAGAAUUAGUGGAGACAUCGGAUGCUAAAGAAGUUCACCAGAAAGUGAAUGAUUACGUCUCGCAAGUGAUAAGGAUUUGGCCGAAUAGGGAUGUCAUUGAAUUUGAUUUAGGUUCUUAUUGUGGACAAGGAUGCGAGGGCUACUAA